GCGAAGCAGAGCAAAGAGCAGCAGACUUGCAGAGGGAGCUCGCUCGUCGGUCCGCGCGCACAGGUGCACACAGCAGUGGGAGAGUCCCUCAAGAUGCAAAUUUGGACAUGUUUUUUCAACGUGGGACACCAGAAGGGACUUCUCCUCGUUCUCCUCUUGGCUGGAGUUUCCCGGCUCCGGGCCUUUCCGUUCAGCGCGUCUCCAGACGUGGAUGUGACCCCUCGGACGACCGUCUUCCUCAAGGGCCUGCUGGGCAGCGCCCGCUUCAGCGGCACCGCACGCAACUGCAGCACCCUGCUGCUGGAGGAGGAGGCGGGCAUUCUAUACGCGGGAGGAAGAGGAGCGCUCUACGCGCUCAACGCGUCUGACAUCGCCACACCCGCAAGCCCCCAAAUCGUGUGGGACGCGUCACCCGAGCAGAAGAAGCAGUGUCUGAACAAAGGAAGAGACAAUAAGACGGAGUGUUUCAACCACAUCCGCUUCCUGCAGCGCCACAACGAGACUCACCUGUACGCUUGCGGAACCAAUGCCUUCAGACCUCUCUGCGCCUAUGUCGACUCCGAGCGCUUCAGCUUAUCGGCAGGUUUCGAGGACGGCAGGGACAGGUGUCCGUAUGACCCGGCCAAAGGGUACACGGGCCUCCUCGUAGACGGCGAGAUGUUCACGGCUUCGCAAUACGAGUUCCGCAGCUCUCCAGACGUGCGCCGCAACUUCCCCUUCCCCACGCUGAGGACGGAGGAGGCGCCCACCCGCUGGCUCCUGGAGGCGGAUUUUGUGGGCUCGGCUCUGAUGCGGGAGAGCGUCAACAGCUCCGUCGGCGACGACGACAAGAUCUACUUCUUCUUCACGGAGAGGAACCAGGAGCAGAUGGCGUACCCCAGUCGGACCAAGGUGUCCAGGGUGGCGCGGGUUUGCAAGACGGACUGGGGCGGUCAAAGGACCCUUCAGAGAAAGUGGACCUCCUUCCUCAAGGCCCGGCUCGUGUGUUUCGUCCCCGACUACGAGCUGUACCUCAACGUCCUGCGCGGGGUUUUUGUCCUGCGUGGUCGAAAUCCGCAGAGCAGCAUCUUGUAUGGCGUCUUUGGCCUGGAAUGGAAGAACAUCAAAGCCUCGGCCAUCUGCCAGUAUGCCUUCUCAGAUGUGCAGAAGGCCUUUGACGGGCCCUACAUGGAGGUGCAGGACUCCAAGUGGCGGGAGUACACGGGCAAGAUCCCAGAGCCGAGACCCGGGUCUUGCAUCACCGACGAGCACCGGUCCCGGGGAAUCAACUCGUCGCGGGACCUCCCUGACAGCGUGCUGACGUUCGCCCGGAGGCACCCGCUCAUGGCCGUCCAGGUCCGUCCGGUCGGGGCGCGCCCUCUCAUGUUCAAGAGGAGCAUCAACUACGUCCGCGUCGCCGCGCACCUCCAGCCGGCUCUAGAUGCAAACGUCUACACCGUCCUCUUCCUGGGAACUGAUGACGGCUGGUUGCACAGAGCGGUGGACGUCGGGGGUAAAAUGCACAUCAUUGAGGAGCUGCAGCUAUUCGGUCAAGCCCAGCCGAUAGAGAGCCUGAUCCUAGCCUCAACUCUUCGAUGCGUUUACGUGGGCUCCCACUCGGGGGUGGUGCAGAUCCCCAUGUCGGCCUGUCGGAGGUACACGUCCUGUUACGAUUGCGUCUUCGCUAGGGAUCCCUUCUGCGGCUGGGAUGGGCAGGAGUGCGUGGAGGUGUGGUCACGUGCGGAGAGAUCAAACCUCACCCAGGACAUCCAGAGAGGUACCAGGGGAUGCAAGGAGAAAUCUGGAAACGUGGUCCACCGGAGGCGCUCGGUGAUGUCGGGCGAUGACGUGCUCCUCCAGUGCGAGCUGCACUCCAACUUGGCGACGCCGCGCUGGACGUUGGACGGAAGGGAUCUGCGGGGCUACGGGGUCAAUUCGGGAUACCGCGUGGGCACAGACGGCCUCCUCAUCAUCGGGGCUCGGGGCAGGCAGAGCGGCUCGUACCGCUGCUUCGCCGUGGAGAACUCCGUCUCCAUCCUGGUUUACUUGUACACGGUAAGGGUGCACACGGAUUCAUACUUUCCGCCGGAAGAGACGACGGCGGCGACUUAUCCGUCCACGCUUCUCGGCACGACGGCGGCAAUGGACCCGUCCACAGUUGGGCAGCCCUCUCCGUCGCUCACUGCCCCGCUGCCCCCGGUACCGCAGCUCUAUACUACCCGACACAUGGAGGCCCUGUACAUUUGCCUGGUUGCUGUCCUGGGCGGGCUGUGCCUGGUGCUGUCCGUGGUCUUGCUUUACGUGAGUUUCUGCACCAGGCGUGUCUCUCGGGGCCGGAAGUUCUCCCAACAGCAGGGCUUGCACGUCCUGGGGUCCUCGGAGAGGAAAGGGAGCUCCCACAUAGAGCUUCAAACCAUUUCCAACGGACGUCAGGGACGUCGCUCCGUCUCGGUGCCCACUUUCGGGGACUUCCUGCAGAUCAUUCCCGGCGAGGCCUCUCCCACGGCCGGCACCCCGCCGGCCGCCCCCCCGCUCCCCAUGCCCCCGCCGCUGCCCGACGCGGACUACGCCAACGGGCUGUCGGCCACGCUGCCCAGCGUCCUGCGCAAGAUGAACGGCAACAGCUACGUGCUCCUGCGGCAGGUGGACCACGACGGCGCGUCGCCGCUCUACCACUCCUUCACAGAGGAGCUCAACCGCAUCCUGGAGCAGAGGAAGCACACGCAGCUGGACCUCCAGCCCCACGAGAGCUCCAUCUAAACAGAUCGAAAAAGGGCUAAAAAAAAAAAAAAAAACAAUAACAAAAACAUUCGCAGCAUGGAGGGAACAUGCAAACUCCACACAGGAGGGCUCGAGCAUCGAUUCAAACUCGGAACUUCACAUUUGGAGCCAGACACCCGAACCGAGGUGCUGCCAGAUAGUGAUCACGUUAAAAUGUGUUUGAAUUAGGGUUGGACGAUAAAUCAUUAUCUCUCGUUGAUGUGCCGCGCUUACACUAACAACAUACCUUUGAACAGAGUGGAGCAAGUUUACAAAAGCACAGUCGGCGUUGCCAAAUUUGUGACUUUUUCAAUCUCAAGAGACUUAUUUUUUACACACACACAAAAAUGAACACUUCAAUUCCCAAGGUAUUUGCGUCCAAGUCGCAAAUAUUUGGCCGAGGUUGCUUGCCUCAACUGGGAAGUGGAAGAGGGACCUGGAGAGGGUGCAGCGUUACUGUUCGAGCUCCGACACACGGACCGACGAGCCGUUUGACUUAUGGUGUCGUUCACUUUUAAAAUCUUAAUUUAUUAAGGAGCAAGUUUGAAUACAUUUUCACAAGAAUAAAACCUGUUUUCACGUUAUCUGUAAAGAAAAACUAAAACUAUUUAUUCUAUUAUUUCUGUGUACGAUGAUGCAAAUUAAUGCUGGGGGAAAAAAUAGCUUUAAAUAAAAACUGUAUUUAAUCUUGUUGGGUAUCACGAGAAAUAAAGCAAAUCAUAGAAGGGAGAAAAUUUUUUUUUUUUUAUUUUGGUCAAUGUGAUUGCUGUUGAAAGUGAAAUUUUAUUUUAAGGCCAUAGAUCCCAGCACGAGGAAAAAGAUGAAGAAUUACAAUAAACUUGUCAUCAUUUCUAAUCAGCCCUGUUCAGAUCAGCUGCUGGUGGGAAGAUUUUCUUUCUCCUGCAAAUUAACCACUACUCACUCCACCCACCUUUUCCUGCAGUGUGAACAUUGCCUUGUAUUUUCCGAAUGGUUCCAAUGAGUUUCACUUUUUCCACGUCCCGAGAGCUAGUUUCUGGAGCCGGGGAUCAGAUCACUUUGGCCACCGCCCAGCUCACAUUUCACCCGACCCCGAUGGCCCUUCUCACAGGUGGUGAGCACAUGGGAACGGGGACCCAUGUUACCCUUUUCAGGCUGUGCCCGGCCGAGCCCCACGGGUGCAGGCCCGGCCACCAGGCGCUCACCUUCUGAAAUCCGAGACCACGGUUCUCAGUCAAAAAAAGGGUUUUGUGCCCUCUCCGAGUUGGGGAUGAGAUACUGCCCCAAGUGAAGGAGUUCAAGUAUCUUGGGGUCUUGUUCACGAGUGAGGGAAGAAUGGAGCGGGACCUCGACAGGUGGAUCGGUGCAGUAUCUGCAGUGAUCCAGACAUUGUAUCGGUCCGUUGUGGUAAAGAGGGAGCUCAGUCGAAAGGCAAAGCUCUCGAUUUACCAGUCGGUCUACGUUCCUACCCUCACCUAUAGGCACGAGCUGCGGACCGUGACCGAAAGAACAAGAUCCCGGAUACAGCCGACCGAAAUGAGUUUCCUCCGCGUGGUGUCCAGGCUCUCCCUUAAAGAUAGGGUGAGAAGGUCGGUCAUCCGAGAGGGUUCAGUGUCGAGCCGCUGCUCCUCCGCAUUGAGAGGAGCCAGAUGAGGUGGCCAGGGCAUCUGAUCCAGAUGCCUCCCCCGGUGAGGUGUUCCGGGCACGUCCCACCGGAAAGAGACCCUGGGCACGACCCAGGACUCGCUGGAGAGACUAUGUCUCUCGGCUGGCCUUGGAAAGCCUCGGGAUCCCUCCGGAAGAGCUGGAAGAAGUGCCCGGGGAAAGGGAAGUAUGGCUAUACCUGCUGGAUGGAUGGAUGGAGUUUCACUUUAGGACAAAAAGAAAAUACCAUCCGUCAUUGAUACUCACUAUAACAGAUCACAGAACUUCGGGGAUGGUAAUCUUGAACAGACGCUUAUCGACAUUGGUAGCUUCCCCAAUCUAUUUCUAUUCAGGGAACUUGGUGAAUAUUUCCCCUUCUGCGGGUGCUGUGAUGCCAAGUGAGACAAAUACUUUUUUAUAUGUACUGUAAGUUUAAAAAAAAAACAAGCAGUAAGGACAUGGUCGGAUUUGGCCGUUGGGAAUGAGCCCCACGAGGCUGCUUCGAGUGUGAGCGGCAACACGGGCAGUGUAUCCGAGCAACAGCUUCUUUAUUUUGAGCCACGCCAGAUGUCUCCUAUUCUGGCUCAAGCUGUGCGACAUUAGCCCAAUUAUCCAAUUUAAACCCAAAAUAAAUCAUAUUUAUAGGCGCCAUGGGGGAAUUAGAAAUGCGUGGGAAAGAGCCUGUGAUGGUUCAAUGACGUGUUAAAUCUUGACAUCGAAUGGGAAACUACAAGCAGAUCAAGAAAUGAUGCUUCAAAGACACAGGAAGUCAGCCAUUUUAGCCACAUUGGUCAUUUCCUGUAGUCUGUUGAAUUAUUCCAUCCGUCCAUUGUCUUUGCCGCUUAUCCUCACGAGGGUCGCGGGGAGUGCUGGAGCCUAUCCCAGGUGUCAACGGGGAGGAGGCGGGGUACACCUUGAACUGGUUGCCAGCCAAUCACAGGGCACAUCGAGACAAACAGCCACACUUACAAUCACACUUCCGGGCAAUUUAGAGUCUCCAAUUAAAGUUGCAUGUUUUGGGGAUGUGGGAGGAAACCGGAGUGCCCGGAGAAAACCCACACAGAUGACUCCUUAUAAAAAGGCAAAACUGUCUGCAAAAAAUGUGCCACGAAUCAAACAAAUUUAAGCUGUUGA